AUGCCACAUAUUUGCAUAUUACAUAAAAAUAGUACGCUAUCCGAUUAUGUUGGUGUUCCUAAAUCAAGACUUCAACUUGGUCUCCGAAGAUUAUUUAUCGUAUCUGAGGAUAACGUAUAUAGUUCUGUCUAUUUUAGAAGUGAGAAAGAAAUCAAGUCAGAGAAGAUUAGGCAACUUGAGUCGGGCUACUCCUUCAUUAUACACCCGUUAAGUAAGUUUCGUAUGUACUAUGAGUUUUGGCUGGUGUUUCUUUAUGCAGCAGUUAUAACCGUCAAAGCUUUAGAUGCAGGAAUUCGUGAUGGAGCAGCAGGAAGUUGUCCAGUCCCGGAAAAUUUUAAAUAUCAAGACCAAGACCAUUUUUUUAAAAUAUACGCGUAUAUUUCUACCAGCAUAGAUGUUAUAUCUUGGAGUGAUAUAUUGAUUAACUUUGUUACAGGAUAUGAGGUUACAAAAAUACGAAUUAUAGAGCUUCGACCAACUAAGAUAGCAAUAAGAUAUAUAUUUAGAUCUUUCUUCCUUAUAGACUUACUUGGCGCCAUUCCGAGGUUUACAUUAAGAUGUCUUAUGGAUAAACCUCCAUUAGUGGCGUUAGGAAUACAAAACAUUUUCAGCUUACUUAAAGGAAUUAGAUUCUUUUCAUUAUUAAGGAUUUUAAUCAGAGUUCUAAGACAUUUGGGAGUAAAAUCAAGAUCUUGGAUUUAUGGAACUUGCUACUUUGCCAUCUUCAUAUUCAUCCUUCACUACUCAACGAUGUUAAUGCUCGGGCUGCCUCGAAUUAUCAGAGUUUAUUUAGGAACUGGAAACUGCACGCUGACUGUUAAGCGAGAACAGAUCCCCCUGCAUGUUCAGUACAACGAUUAUAUGUUUGAAACUUCGGCUUAUUUUCUUCAAGUAGCGCUACCAAAAUCUUACUACCGAGAUCUGUAUUUUGAAGAAGUCAUCUUAGCAAUAUUUUUCUGUAUGGUUGGUAAAAUAGUGAUGACGGUUAUGUGGGUAGCUCUAGCUGCUAGUAUUUUAAACUCCCAAUCAAGUAGGACAAGAUAUCAAGCUCUUAUUGUGCAGGUAGAAGAAUUUAUGAAGCAAAGAAAUCUGCCUUUAGAGUUAAGACAAAGAAUUCUGCAAAAUUUUUCUUUCAAAUACCAGGGCAAUUAUUUUCGGGAAGAUACUCUUACAUUUUUACUUUCCGAUCGUUUGAAAAAAGAAGUCAAGUUACACCUUUACAGCACAAUUACAGAAAAAGUGGGAAUAUUUAAAAUAUUAGAUGUAGACGCUCUGAAUGAUGUGCUGAAAGUUUUAAAACCUGAAAUAGUUCUUCAACGUGAUGUCAUUUGCCAAUCAGGAGCACAUGGUGAUUGCAUGUAUUUUAUAGCAAGUGGUACAGUGGCUGUAUACACCUCUAAUAGACAGGAGAUGUGCCAUCUUGUAGACGGUGACUAUUUUGGCGAGAUUUGUUUGAUGACGAAAUACAAUGUACGUCCCCUGACUGUCUCAGCUGUGGAAACCUGUCAAGUUUACAAGUUAUAUCAAGACGAUUUUGAAAAUACUUUAGCAAAAAACAAAAAGGUGAUAAAGAAAAUGUUAUCACGAAUGGAAAAAAUGGUAAAAAAAGCUGAAUAUUUAGAGAAAAUUUACAGGAAAAGUAUAUUUGAAGCAACCUACGGGUAUAACGUUGAUUAG